AUGUGGUGUGGUGUGAAUGCAUGUGGCGUGCGUGCCAAGAGGAUCCGCCUUCCGUCCCGCCGCCGGAAAACACCACCUGGAACGGCGCCACCAGACUCGUGGGAACCCAGGAUAGAGUGCCCCGAGGAGCCCCCCAGCGCCCCCGCCAACUCCACAUUGGAAGACGCGGUUCCCCCUUACUGGGUGACUUCCAACGUGACCUACGAGUGUGAGGAGGGCCUUGGUUUACCGUGGGGCGGCACCGUCACUGUCCUCACCUGUGAAGAAGACGGGUGGACAGCCUUUCCUACAGGACUCAAGUGUCUGGCAGCCUGCAGUCCUCCACCUCAACCACGGGGGCUGGGGAAGUACAAUCACACGGGGCCGACUCUCUGGGGGACUGUGGUAGAGUACACGUGUCCCUAUGGCUUUGAUGUGGAGGAGAAAGACGAAGAAGAUGAAGGUCCCAUGCUCCUCUCCACCACUUGUGAGGACGGCAGCUGGUCCCUCACUGACAUCCCCAAUUGUUAUGGGACUGACUGCUACGUGUACACCUAA